UUUUAACACUGCUUUUGGAUACCUUCACCUCUGAACCCCAGAACUGGCAUCAAAACUUUGAAAGAGCAACUUCAUUCUUGUCUAUUUCACCUUUGUGACAUCGUUUUUGAUGGCAGCUUCUCGGACCACUCAGUGGAGGUGGAUAUCUGGAAUCUUAGGAAUACUGUGCCUUUUACUGUUGAUGCUUUUGGGAAUUCUGUUGAGUAAGAGUAAGGUUUUCUUGGAAAUUAAGCCAACCAAUUCAACAGGAAUCACUGUGAAUUCCCAGGAAGGUGAUUCCACCUGCUGUUCUUGUCCGGAAGGGUGGAUUGGAUACAAAUGCAGCUGUUACUUCAUUUCUAACGAGGAAAAAAGUUGGGAAGCAAGUAGGAAUUUCUGUGAAUUUAAGAAUUCCAGUCUCCUUCAAUUGUACAGCAGAGAAGAACUGCAUUUUUUGAGGUACAGUAAGAAAGUUUACUGGAUUGGAAUUUCUUACAAUAAGGAUCGUCGCGCCUGGUUGUGGCUGAAUGGCACUGCAGUCUCCCUCAAUCUAUUUAGAGAUUUCCAAGCUUUUGACACAACAAAGUGCGUAUGGUAUAGCACAAGUGAAAAGUUUUUUGACCAUAGCUGUGAAGAUGAAAAUUAUUAUAUCUGCAAGAAAAAGCUUAUUUAG